UUAUACAAAAUAACUCACCAUAUUUGCCAAUGAACCUUUUUAUUUUUGACAACACUAGGACACCUCAUGUUUUACUUGGGUUAUUUAUAGGGUUGGGUGCUUUGAGGUAAGCUCCCUGAGCUCUUGCCACCUUCCUUCCUUGUAUAGCUACCAUCCCCGUUAUGUAUGGUUCCUCCUAAAUCUCCUCCCAUUGCCCCUGCACUUGACCAUUUAGCUUUCUGCCUCGAAGGCCGGUGCAAAAUUUUAGGAGCCUCUGUGAGGUGUUUGGUGCUUGACACAAGAAUUUGGAGGCCUUCAACAAGGUUGAUGAUCUAAACGAUAAGUUGUGAGAUACGCAAGGAAGCAAAUCAAUCAAUUAUCAAAUCAGAGAAAAAAGGAGAAGAGUUUGCAGCCCAGAGAUGGGGCUGUCGAUCUCAUACCCACCAGAUGACUACUUGCCAGCAAUGGAGGAUAACAUGGGCAGGCUGUUCAUCCGGUCUGUCAGCUUCAACGACAUGGAUGGCGCCGAGUCGCCGUCAGCAUUGCUUCCCCCCGUCUUCGCCUCCCCGAAGUUGGUCACAGAAAGAUCCCUGAGCUUCAAUAGAAGAGAGUCUGACCGAGUUCAGACAUCGGUGAGGACUCCCAAAUCUGACAAGGAGCCUAGUAUUAGUGCUGGGUCAUCGAGAUUCGGGCCGCUGACGGGAGAGUGCGCACCAGACUCUCCGGUGGUUGGAAUGGAGAGCUCCAAGCACCAGGCCGCCGCAGUCAGGCUGCAGAAGGUGUACAAAAGCUUCAGGACAAGACGUCAGCUCGCGGAUUGUGCCGUUCUUGUCGAGCAGCAAUGGUGGAAGUUGCUUGAUUUUGCACUGCUCAAGCGGAAUUCGGUAUCCUUCUUCGACAUAGAGAAGCCGGAGACGGCUGUUUCAAGAUGGUCUCGGGCUAGAAUCAAGGCUGCCAAGGUUGGUAAAGGACUGUCCAAGGAUGAAAAGGCCCAGAAACUUGCUCUUCAGCAUUGGCUUGAGGCUAUCGACCCACGCCAUCGGUAUGGCCACAAUCUGCAUUUCUACUACCACCGGUGGCUCCAUUGUGAAAGCCAGCAGCCAUUCUUCUACUGGUUGGAUGUAGGCGACGGAAAAGAUGUCACCUUAGAAGAGCAUUGUUCCAGACGGAAGCUGCACAAGCAAUGCAUCAAGUACCUUGGUCCUAAAGAGAGGGAGCCCUACGAAGUGAUUGUCGUUGACGCGAGGCUGAUGUACAAGGUAAGCCAUCAGAUCGUCGACACCACCAGAGGCCCCAAGGGAACAAAAUGGAUCUUUGUGCUGAGCACAUGCAAGGCCCUGUAUAUCGGUCAGAAGAAGAAGGGCACAUUCCAGCACUCCAGCUUCCUUGCAGGGGGAGCCACAUCUGCUGCAGGGAGAUUAGUGGUAGAGAAUGGAACUAUGAAGGCUGUCUGGCCUCAUAGCGGACAUUACCGGCCAACUCAGCAAAAUUUUCAGGAGUUCGUCAACUUUCUCAAGGAGAGAAGUGUGGAUCUUACAGACGUCAAGUUGAGCCCAUCAGAAGGCGAAGGCGAAGGCGAAGGCGAUGCUGAGUUCAGCUUCAAGAGUAGCAACUCCCAGGUGGACUUGACCGAACUCAGCCAACCAGAAAAUAAAGUAGACGAGGCACAAGUGGCACCAUGCAAUGGCACCGGCGAAACCGAGAUAAGCAAUGGCAGCAUGCCCACCACUGCGAUAUCCAAUGAACUCAGAGCAAGCACACCAAGGAUCGUGGAGUCCUCCACAACCAAUAGGCUGCAAGGGAAGCGGCCAUCCAGGCUGCUCAUAAAUUCUUCUAACAGAAUUCUACCCACUACACAGGAUAAUAGAAGGACAUCACCGGACGCCAAGGACAUCAAUGAGGAUUCUGCCAUGUUCAGCGAGUGCCUAGACUUCUGCAAGAAGAACCUAUUUGCAGAGGUCGAGGAGGAGGAGGAGGCGGGUGAGCUAGUGGAGGUGCCGGAGGAGCUGAUCCUGCGCCGCAUAACCUCCAAGAAGGGCAUGAGAUCAUGCCAACUGGGGAAGCAACUGUCCUUCCAAUGGAGCACCGGGGCAGGGCCUCGGAUCGGGUGUGUCCGUGACUACCCACCGGAGCUCCAGUUUCGGGCAUUGGAGGAGGUCAGCCUGUCACCGCGAAGCAGUAGGCCAAUGAGGUUUUCAUCGCCAAGGCCAAGCAUGCUGACACAAAAUACUGCAAAGGUCGGUGGUACUCCUAUUUUCCAAGGUGGCGGCAUCCACAUGAUACCCAAGUCUAGGCAGAGGAGUGUCACUUGGACUGCUUUUUGAUGGUCAUGCGACUGAAAUAAACUGUACAUAGUGAGAGGCAAAGGUGAGAGAAAAUGAUUACUAGGUUACAUUUCUUCGGUAGGUUCGGUAGAGAAAAUACAUCAAAAGGAUGUAUCUAGUACCAAAGUUGCAAGUCUUGUCAGUUGACAAACUAACAGGAUGAUUCAGAAACUGUGUUUUUGGAUUGAAACAUAUGCUCAGAAGCUGUAGAACACAACAAUCUCAAAAAUCAAAACAUCACCUCCAAAGAGGACAAGGAUUCACUA